AUGACCAGAUCUGAGCUCUGUCCCACCUUUAUCCCUCUUUUUCUCCCUAGGAUAGCCGCUCAUUAUAAUCAGCCCGACGGAUUCAGACUGCAAACAAGCACUCUCGUCAGAGAAUUUGACCAGGAAAAGGGGGCUGCAGGGGACUCGGCUUGGAAACUUGCUAGCAUUCAUCCCGCCGGCAUUCGCCUCAUUAUGAGGUUAAUCCAUCUCCGCUUUCAAUCAUACCGCGCUCGCAUCGUACAACCGCACAUGGAUUCGGCCUUACCACCCGUGAACCAGCUGUAUGACUUCAAUAUGCCAAGACAGAACAGAGAGAAGCUCUCUGUUCUCUGCUAUAUGGCCAGCGAACCGAUGGAGGAUACUGAAUGGCCUAGACUCCGCACCGCAACCGCAAUCAGUAGCCCAAAGGAGGUAGGUGAGGAAAGCACGAACACAACAGGCAAGCGCUGCAAACCACCUAGUCAAGUGCGAAAGCGCAAUAACGCACCUGAAGAGGCCUUGUCAUAGGCUAGGCCCUAGCGACUAUGCUAAACCUUUGACGGACAAACUCAAGAUCGCGUCAAAAUAUAUAACGGGCGCAGGCUAUAUCCGACUAGGCAUGGGGUAGCAUUGAUACAGCCGCCUGGUUUUUCGACAAUGGCCUCCAUAGUUUGUCAAUCGACCAGUCGUGCAGUAAAAUCACCGCAUCAGCCAUCAUAAGAUCGAGGCGUGGGUCGUGAUUCAUCCGGCGAUCGCCCAAGCCCAGCAAGCGAGAAACAAAUAUAGAAACAGCUGCCACUACCUCCACUGCGUACUCUGUACUUGUAUCAUGUCUGUAGAUCCGUCCUACCAUCCCAGCCCUGAUUCGCUUGCAGGGAACAACAAUCCACGCAGCUGGAGCUGUCACACAGCAUUUACAAGCCUCCUGAAAAUCAGUCCCCACGCUGCGUUGCGUCAUUCCAUCAAUUCCAGGGCUUCCGCGUGCUGGCCUGACUUCUGAA